UCCUCGCGCUCGGUGGCGGACUACAACAUCGUGCUCCAGUCGCUGUGCCGCGCCGGCGAGACCGCCCGCGCGCUGGAGAUCUUCCGCGGGGAGAUGGCUCGCGACGGCGUAGCUCCCACCAUCGUGACUUACAACACGAUCAUCAAUGGGCUGUGCAAGAGCAACGAGCUUGGCGCAGGGAUGGAGCUCUUCGAGGAGCUCGUGAAGAGAGGCCACCACCCCGACGUGGUGACUUACAACACGCUGAUCGACAGCUUGUGCAAAGCCGGGGAUCUGGAGGAGGCACGGCGGCUCCAUGGCGGCAUGAGCUCUCGAGGUUGCGUCCCAAACGUCGUCACCUACAGCGUGCUCAUCAACGGGCUGUGCAAGGUCGGCCGGAUCGACGAGGCGCGAGAGCUCAUCCAGGAGAUGACGCGGAAGAGCUGCGACGUUCUUCCAAACAUCAUCACUUACAACUCGUUCCUCGACGGGCUUUGCAAGCAGUCCAUGACGGCCGAGGCGUGCGAGCUGAUGAGGAGCUUGCGAGAUGGGAGCUUGAGAGUCUCUCCAGACACCGUGACUUUCAGCACGCUGAUCGACGGGCUGUGCAAGUGUGGCCAGACCGACGAGGCUUGCAACGACGACAUGAUCGCAGGUGGCUACGUCCCAAACGUGGUGACUUACAACGCGCUCGUGAACGGGCUGUGCAAGGCCGACAAGAUGGAGAGAGCCCACGCCAUGAUCGAGAGCAUGGUGGACAAGGGCGUCACCCCGGACGUGAUCACCUAUAGCGUACUCGUCGACGCCUUUUGCAAGGCCUCCCGCGUCGACGAGGCUCUGGAGCUCCUCCACGGCAUGGCGUCGCGGGGAUGCACGCCAAACGUGGUGACUUUCAACUCGAUCAUCGACGGACUCUGCAAGUCGGACCGAUCGGGCGAGGCCUUCCAGAUGUUCGACGACAUGACGCUCAAGCACGGCCUGGCCCCGGACAAGAUCACGUACUGCACCUUGAUCGAUGGCCUCUUCCGGACGGGGCGGGCGGGUCAGGCCGAGGCGCUGCUCGACGCCAUGCCCGACCCGGACACGUACGCUUUCAACUGCUGUAUCAACGGACUUUCCAAGCUCGGGGACGUGUCGAGAGCGCUCCAGGUCUACAACCGGAUGCUCGUGCCUGACAAAGUCACCUUCAACAUUCUCAUCGCGGGGGCUUGCAAGGCCGGCAACUUCGAGCAGGCGUCCGCGCUCUUCGAGGAGAUGGUGGCCAAGAACAUGCAGCCGGACGUGAUGACUUUCGGCGCGCUCAUCGACGGGCUGUGCAAGGCGGGACAGGUGGAGGCCGCGCGGGACAUCCUCGAUCUCAUGGGGAAUCUCGGAGUUCCUCCAAACGUGGUGACUUACAACGUGCUUGUCCACGGCCUGUGCAAGUCGGGCCGGAUCGAGGAGCCCUGCGAGUUCCUGGAGGAGAUGGUGAGCUCCGGCUGCGUGCCCGAAUCCAUGACUUACGGCUCGCUCGUCUACGCGCUCUGCCGGGCCUCGAGAACCGACGACGCUCUCCAGCUCGUGAGCAAGCUUAAGAGCUUUGGCUGGGAUCCCGACACCGUGACUUACAACAUCCUCGUGGACGGGCUGUGGAAGUCGGGGAAGACCGAGCAGGCGAUCACUGUUCUUGAGGAGAUGGUCGGCAAGGGCCACCAGCCGGAUUCGUUCACCUUCGCGGCUUGCUUCGGUGGUCUCCACAGAUCUGGGAACUUGGCCGGGACGAUGGAGCUGCUGCGAGUGGUGCUGGCCAAGGGGAUGCUGCCGGACGCCACCACUUGCAGCUCCAUCCUCGACUGAGUUUGCCGGUCGGGAAAGCUAGACGACGUCAAGGCCUUGAUCAAAGAAUUUGAGGCUUCUUCUCCAGCCGCGGCUGCUCUAUCGCUGUGCGCUGCAAGGGUGGAAGAAGUUUCUUUGGCAGGAAAAACUUGUACAGACGAAGAAUCCAGUGAAGUUUGUGUAUAAGA